ACCACUGCCCUGGCACCAUGCCUAUGACACUGGGUUACUGGAAUGUCCGCGGACUGACACACCCCAUUCGCCUGCUCCUGGAAUACACAGACUCAAGCUAUGAGGAGAAGAGAUACGUCAUGGGGGACGCUCCCAACUUUGACAGAAGCCAGUGGCUGAGUGAGAAGUUCAAUCUGGGACUGGACAUUCCCAAUCUGCCCUACUUAAUUGACGGCCCCCACAAGAUCACUCAGAGCAACGCCAUCCUGCGCUACCUUGGCCGCAAGCACAACCUGUGUGGGGAGACAGAGCAGGAGAGGAUUCGUGUGGACACUUUGGAGAACCAGGUCAUGGACACCCGCAUCCAUCUCAUGAUAGUCUGCUGCAACCCUGACUUUGAGAAGCAGAAGCCAGAGUUCUUGAAGGCCAUCCCCGACAAGAUGAAAAUCUAUUCUGAGUUCCUGGGCAAGCGGCCAUGGUUUGCAGGGGACAAGAUCACCUAUGUGGAUUUCCUCGCCUAUGAUAUUCUUGACCAAUACCGCUUAUUUGAGCCCACGUGCCUGGAUGCCUUCCCAAACCUCAAGGACUUCUUGGCCCGCUUUGAGGGCUUGAAGAAGAUCUCUGCCUACAUGAAGAGUAGCCGCUUUCUCCCAAGACCCGUGUUUACUAAGAUGGCCCAAUGGGGUACCGAUUAGGUCCCUGCCAGCCCCUGCCAUGCUGGCACUCCCAGGGAGAAUCUGUCCACACAGGGGUCCUCCAGGCCCUGGGACAGCUGGCCUUCUGCACCGCUGCCUCACUGUUCCCAUUUCUUUCUCCUUUCCACAAGGCUUUGUCAGUCCCCUGCUUCCUAAUCAGGCCUGUCUUAGUCAAGUCCCUGUGGUUGACAUUCUCCCCGCUUCCUUUCACCAAGGCCCCUUCUUCAUUUGUGCCCCAACCGACCACACAGUCCUCUUCUAUGAUUUGAUAUUCGCCCUUAACACAGUUCCCUAGAAUUACCGUACAGGUCAAUACUGUUUCAAGUUCCCCAGUGGCGGGUGUUAGGUUGGGAGCCUAGGCCCCAGUCCCUCGCAUCUAUCCCAGGCCUGGUCUGGACUUCAAAUCCCAGCAGGCCAGGUCCUGACCCCACCCGUAGGGUACCACUCCCCGGGGUACUUAAGUGAUCCCCCAAAAGAAAAACACGUGGUCCCCCUUUCUUCCUCCUCGGGGGGGUCGCUUUUUUGUGGCUUUCCGUUUCCCUCUCGGGGCCACCCGAGAGCGCAGAUCUCCCAUUGAACCUGGAUAUUUCUUAAUUUGGUUUGUUUUGAUUUGGCUUGAUUGGGAACUUUUGCGUCGUCAGAGAGCUCGCUUAGGAAAUAUUCCUAACAGCGGGGCUCCCCCAGGCCUGUCUCAUCUCCAAUAAAG